CCCAUAAUCCGCAGUUUGUCUUCUUCCACGACGCCUCAUCUCUGCCGUAAUUCCUUUUCCGUUGCAAAUCAAUCUUCUUUCAAUUUACACAAUCCACACAAGAUUGAUUUCGUACUCUAUUUACUACCUCAAAAUUUUCGUGGUAGGAUUUUUGCUGUGCACACACAGGCAGCCGCUAGCGGGAAUAAUUAAGGAAAUCGAACUGCCCACGCGGCCGCUGCUCUUGCAAGGAUUUCCAGAUUUGUCUCUUUCCUUAAACCUCUUCAAAUAGGCGAUACAUAGCCCCUCCCACGCCGCCGCCGAUUCUGGUUCAUCGGCGGGAGUUCGAGAGAGGAUGGGUGAUUCGUCUUCUUCAUCGGCAGGUCCCAGUUUUCGGGAACUUGAUGAUGUUUUCUUGCAGGGUUUUGUGGGUUCAGACUCAAACUAGAAUAUGGCUUGGAGAAGUUUUGGACGCGAGAUUGGAUGAGGAUUUGCCGAUUUCUGAUUUGCUUCAAGAUGGAGAGAUACUGUUCGAGGUUUCUAAAGUAUUGUGGAAUUUGUUGUUGACAAAAAAGGAGCUUAGACAUUUGAAACAAAAGUUUAGGCCGUUUGGUUCUAAAAAGAUCAUUGGAAGAUAUCGUGCGUAUUCAAACAUUGAUUCAUUUUUAAAGAUAUGUAAACUCCUUGGAUUGAGUGGCAUUGAUCUCUUUUCACCAUCCGAUGUUGUCGAGAAGAAAAACACUAGAAAAGUCUGCAUUUGCAUAAGAGCCCUCUCGAAGAAGGCCAGGUCUAAACAACUCAAUGUUCCCGACUUUAACAUGGUUAGAUACUCGGUAACCAUGCCAACUGAUAUGGUUGGCAUAAUUCGUAGAAGCUUGGAGUCUCCGCAAUGCACUGUAUCAAGUUCAUCGAGUUACACUUCAAGGAAAAGUUCUGUAAUAAAGUCAAAACAGAAAAAAUUGUACGGACACACCAAUGGAGAUGACGGCUCUGGUUCAGAUGAGUCAGACGAGGCAGAAAGCAGAUAUAUGGGUGAAAACUCCAUCUCUCCUGCUGGAAAGUUAAAUUCUGGUGAUCGAUUUAUCUCUGAACAAGAAAAUUCUCCCGAGACACAUUCUAUGUCUCGAUACAAUCUGAGAAACAAUACAGGCAACUCCAAUUUCAACCAUGCUCUUGAGAAAGAUGCAUCUGUCGUUGGAGACUCUACGAGCUCCAGUAUCGGAGAAAAUAACUACAUUUCAGAGUACUUGGCGUUUUCUGAUUUAAUGGUCCAUGCGAAUAAUGGAGAUAGUCCUGUUAUACACGAUGGAGAAAAGAAUAUGUUCGAUUUCUUUCUGAACCUCGAUCCUCAAGGAUCAGGUAAUAGGGGUUCCCGGAAUGGACCCCAAGGUAAGCUCUAUGAUGACGAAGAUAUUGAGGUGUCUUCAACCGCUAGCAUGAGCUCUGUGUUGGGGCGGUUGCUUAACCUGGAGUUUGACGAUCAGUUUGAUGAGAAUGAGACGCCAAGUGCAAAUAUUUACUCGUAUGAGUCGAAGGAGCAUGAGGUUGAAAGGCGAUCUGGAGAUUCAAUCUUAUUGACUGAACAGCUGAAGAUCGAUGAUUCUGAAACUCAAGGGGACACUAUACUUGAUAACAAAUCUCAAUCAGAUGUAAGCUCAUCCUGUGAGAUUGUAUCAGAAACAAGCAAGAGAUCAGACGAAGAACAUCACCAUGUAAGCAUCGAAGCAAGAUUUCACGACCAAUCUGCGCCCCUGGUUGUUUCAAACAGCACUAGCAUCGUUGAAGAAGGUACAUCUUGCUUCCAUGUUAGCGACACUGAUGUAUCCAUGGCAGAAAAUGGAAAUGAGGCUGACAAAGAACACCGGCAUGAAAUCGAGGAUGAAAAUAUUUCCGACCAGAAAAAGGACUCGACCACUGAUACGCCGCCUGAGAAGCAUCGCCGAAGACCAGUUCUGGAAACAGUUGUCAAAGGCACAGCCAUUGCUGGUGUCUUGUUUCUCCUUCUUCAUAUAAGAAAAAUGAAAGGGAAUAACGAUUCGCAAGAAACACACCGGCGACCUCAAAGUUCGAAGAAAAAUGGAAUUAUGUUCUCGUUUGCAAAGCCCCAAGCCGGAGGCGUGGGGAACGGGUCCUAUCCGUCGGAUAGGAUAAGGCUAUGAAAGUAUACGUGCAACUUAUUUUGACAUAUAGGAAUUGCAGCAAGAGGUGAGGUUAGUGUUUAUGUUAUGUUAUGCAUGUCUUCUGCAAUAAAUCGAUUUUGGCCAUUGUCGAUAUAUACAAUAAAUCGAUAGCUCAGUAAGUAAAACGAUGAUUUAUACAUACAAUAGCAUUUUCCAUGUUCA